AUGUCUCAACCUGCCCUCAACAAGAUCGCCCACAACAGCCCUUCGAGGCAACAUCCUUCCGAGUUGGAAACUAGCAUUGCCACCGCACUCUAUGAACUCGAGACCAACAUCCCCGACCUCAAGUCUGCCUUGAGACCGCUCCAAUUUGUUUCUGCUCGCGAGCUCGAAGUGGGCCACGGCAAACGCGCCAUCGUCAUCUUCGUCCCUGUGCCUCUCCUCCCUGGCUUCCACAAGGUCCAACAACGCCUGACCCGCGAGCUUGAAAAGAAGUUCUCCGACCGCCAUGUCCUGAUCCUCGCUUCGCGCCGGAUUUUGCCUCGCCCCAAGCGCUCCCACCGAUCUCGAACUUCUCAGACUCAAAAGCGACCUCGUAGCCGAACUCUGACUGCUGUCCACGACGCCAUCCUCGCCGAUGUCGUCUACCCCGUUGAGAUUGUAGGAAAGAGACUCCGAACCAAGGAAGAUGGAAGCAAGGUCUUGAAGGUCGUUUUGGACGAGAAGGAGCGUGGCGGUGUGGAUUACAGACUCGACACUUACUCUGAGGUCUACCGAAAAUUGACGGGUCGUGUUUGUGGCUUUGAGUUCCCGAUGAGCAGUGCCACAGAUUACUAG